AUGAAGACUUUGCUCUGGAACCUGCUGUGCUGCGCCGCGCUGCUGCUGCCUGAUGCCCGGGCCACACAGCCUCUCAGUGCCGGGGACCCGCGGCUGAUCUCCGCACAGAGCUACGCACAAACACGACUCAAUGGCCGACCCCCGAUCAGGACCCUGAACCCAGAAAAGACAGACUCUCAGUGCAUGAGCCGUCCCCUGGACCUGGUCUUUAUCAUUGACAGCUCUCGCAGCGUGCGUCCCGGUGAGUUUGAGAAGGUGAAGAUUUUCCUGGCUGACAUGGUCGACACCUUGGACAUUGGCGCAGAAGCCACCAGAGUGGCUGUGGUCAACUACGCCAGCACGGUCAAGAUCGAGUUCGUCCUCAAAAACUACUUCAACAAACCCGACAUGAAGAAAGCCAUCACCCGCAUCGAGCCCUUGGCGGCCGGCACCAUGACAGGCCUCGCCAUCAAGACCGCGAUGAACGAAGCCUUCACCGAGGAGUCCGGAGCCAGACCGCGCUUCAGGAAAAUCAGCAAGGUGGCCAUCAUCGUGACAGACGGGAGACCCCAGGACCAGGUGGAGGAGGUCUCGGCCGCAGCCAGGGCUUCAGGCAUCGAGAUCUACGCUGUUGGGGUGGACAGGGCCGACAUGCGCUCCCUGCAGCAGAUGGCCAGCAUCCCCCUGGAGGACCACGUCUUCUAUGUGGAGACCUACGGCGUCAUCGAGAAGCUCACCUCCAAGUUCAGAGAGACCCUGUGCGGUCUGGACCCCUGUUCCAUUGGAAAUGACUGCGAACACAUAUGUGUCAACAGCAAUGCCUCGUAUUACUGCCAGUGCCGGAUCGGUUAUAUCUUGAAUACGGACAAGAAAACAUGUUCCAUGAAACAGGUGAGGGCGGUGGUGGUGGAGGAUCCCUGCAAAUGUGAAGCCCGACUGAUGUUCGCCAAGCAGACCCAGGCCGCCCUGCAGCAGCUCACAGCCAAGAUGGCCGAUGUGUCUGGGAGGAUCGAGCGUCUGGAGAACAUGGUGGGCCGUAUUUAA